AUGUCGGGAAAGAAACUUAGUGGCUUUCAGCGUCGGAAAAGAAAGGUAGAAUAUGAAAAAGAAGAUACGAAAUCCAGAAAAUUAAUGGCUGGAUUUUUAAAAACAAAUCAGUCGAUAGCAUAUAAGGAAGUAGAUUCGGAUGCAGAGGCAAGAGAUGACUGUAUUAAUAAUUAUCAGAAUGAGCCUAAUAUUUCAGGUGUGCAGAACGCCCAAUUAAAUAAAAAUAAUGAGGACCAAGAUGAUGAUGCGAAUCAAUCAAAUAUUUCAGAGGAAAUAAAUACUGAUGAAACCAAAAACGUAAAAGAAAACAAUGACGAAGAUCAGUUUGAAAAAUCUAGUUAUUCCGAUGAAUUAGAACAAUCAGAUCUAUCGAAAGUAAUUCUUGAUAUAUUUAAAUACCACGAUAUUGCAUAUUUAGAAUUUGACGAAACAUCGCACUUGCCAAAAAUAUCGCAGCAGCUUCGUACUGAGAUGAUUAUUCGAGGCUCAGAAUAUUUCCAGAACAAAUCUGGUCCAUUUGUACCGUCAGGUGGACGGUCAAUGACUGUGUCAUGGUUUAAACGGCGACUUGCUAAUCAAAAAGGAAAUGAAGUAAAUAGAUCGUGGCUACUUUAUUCACCAUCGAAAAAGGCGGCUUAUUGUUUUUCUUGCUUAUUAUUUCCUUCGUCCAAGCCCAAUACGAGAUCAUCUUUUGAAUUGGCUACUGGAUUUAGUAACUGGAAGAAGCCAGAAAAAUUGUCAGCGCAUGAAAAUAGUCCUAGUCACCGUAAAUCGUUUACUAGUUGGAAAGAAACGGAACGAAGAUUAAUUAAAGGAAAAAUACUUGAUUCUGAACUAGAAGCUCAGAUUGCAUCUGAGAAACAACGAUGGCGAGAUGUGUUAGAUAGAUUACUUGCUUGCAUAAAGUAUUUUGCCACUCAAAAUUUGCCAUUGCGUGGCCAUUCAGAAAGCUUAAGUCAUGACGAUGGAUUUAUAGAGUUGCACGCUAAAAAUGCAGCUUCUAUAGAAAAAGUGAUUGUGGAGAAAUUGAAUUCUGACAACAUAUCUUUAGAUAAUUGCAGGUCACAAUGCUAUGAUAACGCGGCUGUGAUGGCUGGAUAUAUAUCUGGAGUUCAACAAAGGAUCUGUGAGAGAAAUCAUCGAGCUUUGUUUGUUAAUUGUGAUAACCACAGUUUAAAUUUAGUAGGUGUACAUUCAGCUAAGCAAGAUCCACUUGUCGUUACAUUUUUUGGUAAAUUGGAGAAUAUUUAUUUGUUUUUUUCGCGAUCGACUUUGCGAUGGGAAGAAUUAAAGAAAGCCGUGAAGAAAACAGUAAAGCGUGAAUCCGAAACCCGAUGGAGUGCGAGGUAUGAAGCUGUUAAUGCUCUUUUUGAUGGGCUCGAUGCACUAGUGAACCUAUUGGAGAAAAUGUCAGGUGACUCGAAUAAUACAAAUGAGACAAGAAGUGAGGCAGAAUGUUUACUAGAAAAUAUUUUAAAUUUCAACUUCUUAGUUCUGUUGCAUUUCUGGAAUAACAUCCUAAGACGAUUUGAUCGCGUACAGAAACGUCUUCAAGAUCACACGAUGAACUUCUGGGAUGCAGCUUGUGAUUUGAAAUCCCUAAAAAUUGACAUCAACAAUUUGAGAGAUGAAUUUUGUCAAGAUGCUGUUGAAUAUGGGAAGAUGAAAUGUGAAAGUUGGGAUAUAGAUAUUGAACGACGCAUAAGAAGACGGCGAAAGAUGCCUGGGGAAGUAACAACAGAUGUAGGAUUAUCAGCAAGUGAAGAGAUAAUGCGCGUUAUGAAAAGCGUUUUAGAUCGGCUUCAACAAGAAAUAAUCACGAGAUUUACUCGCCUGGAAGAUUUAAAUUCAAAAUUUGGGUUUUUACUUAAUGUUACAGAGUUACUUCAUGAAAAAAACACGGAUAAUCUUCGUCAACAUUGUUCUAAUUUCGGUGAAUUUUAUAACAUAGAUGUUGACGGAAAUGAACUCUAUAGUGAGAUCUGUGACGCCAAGAUGUUACUUCAUACUCGCGGCGAUACAUUACCAGAUACUCCGAUGAAGCUUCUUUCAUUUAUAAUAUCAUACGGUGAUGACGUGUUUCCCAACUUGUGCGUUGCCUUGCAAAUUCUUCUCACAAUUGCUGUUUCAAUUGCCAGUUGUGAACGCUCUUUCAGCAAAUUAAAAUUAAUUCUUUCGUAUCUACGUACAUCAAUGGGACAAAAUCGCCUAAGUGAUCUUGCUCUACUCAGCAUAGAGAAAGAAACAUUAGAUCUGGUGGAUUUCAAUGAAGUAAUUGAUAAAUUUGCGAUUACGAAGGCCAGAAAAAUUAAUAUUUAA